CUAGACAGCAGUCAAAUGGGCAGGGUCUUGGCGACCUGGUACUUGAAGAUCCCUCCCCAUUUCCUCCAGGGUCGGCACCAGCCCAGAAUCCUUAUCAGCCCUGGCCAGGCAGUCCCCAGGCCUUAUCUGCCCCUCCAGAGCAUCCUCCGCCUCCGGGGAGGAAACCCGCCAGAGGAGGGGGUGGUGAAGAGGGCGGGCUGGGAGGACUGGGGGCGGGGGCCACGGGAGGCUGCGUUUCCUCUGAGCUGCACACUGAGUCAGGGUGGAGGGAGCCUGGCUGGACCCAGCGGCUGGAGGGGGCAGCCCUGGAGGAUCCUGGAGGCAGUGGGGCUUGAGGGAAUUAACUUGGGACCUGAGUAUAUCGUGGGCAGGGCAUGGGAGGCCGUGAAGAUGGAGGUCAUGAGCCGUCCUUCCCUUCUGCAGGUGAGCACCAGUCCCAUUGAGAAGCCAUCAUCCUCUGGGUCCAUGUGCCCUCCAGGGGACUCUGUGAAGUUGGGCCACACCAUGAUGGAGAAACUAGAGGCUGCGCCUACCCUCUCCUGCUCAGCUCCCUCCCCCACCCCCAGCAGCUCCUCCCCUUUGUCCGAGCCCGAACCCAGCAGCCCCCAGGAUGGGGACAAUGGCCACCCUGUCUCAUCCCCAUCACCCCCCAAGCUGCCACCCCACGUGCCUGUCAUCAGCCUGGGCCACAGCAAGCCGCCCGCCAUGGCCACCACUGAGCUCGCCACUCCUUCCCCACUGCCCUCCCUAGUCCCCAUUUCUGCCCUGACAGCCGGCCCACCGCCGCUGGCCUUAGGUGGCCUGCUCCCGACACACUACCACCCACACCCCUUUCUAAGCAGCGUCUACAUCGGCACCGCUGGCUCCUUCAGCAUCUUCCCCAGCAGCAGACUGAAGCGACGGCCCAGCCACUGUGAGCCCGACCUAAAUGAGGGGCAUCAGCCUCUAAAGGUGGCUCGCCGCGUGUUCACCAACAGCCGGGAGCGCUGGCGGCAACAGAACGUGAAUGGGGCCUUCGCGGAGCUGCGCAAACUGCUGCCCACGCAUCCGCCCGACCGGAAGCUGAGCAAAAACGAGGUGCUUCGUCUGGCCCUCAAGUACAUCGGCUUCCUGGGCCGGCUGCUUCGGGACCAGGCAGCCGCCCUGGCCCCGGCCCCGGCCCCGGCCGUGGCUCCGGCUGGAGGAGCUCCGCGCAAGCGGGAGCGCAGCGCUGCGGGCGCGGGCGUGGGCGAGGGCACGCGCCGAGGGUCGGGGCGCCGAGCAGAGGCGGUGCGCUCCCCUCCGGCGCUCCCGCCCACGCCCGCUUCCCCUCGCCGGGAUGGAGCUGAGCCACACGUCAAGGGCAAGUGCUCGCUGCGGGACAGGACGGCCGUGGGAUGCCAAUCUCGGUGACCCCCGCAGGAAGGGGUACAAGGGCAUCUGCGUGGACCCCAGGAGGACACCGCCCCAGAGUAGCGAAGGGGCCUCCGUAGAGCAUAUAGUGCCUGGACUGUCCUGAAUAUUGGCAGAACCGCCCCGUCCUCCUGGUCAAUCCCCAAGAUCGAAUGGAUCUCGUGGGGAGAGGGACGGGGCCGGGAGGUGCAGCCGUCGCCAGUCGGGAGAAAUGAGUGCUCUGGCUGCUGGCAGGGGCCCGGCACUGGUCUAGGUUGCCUCCCCCAGGUACACGCGGAUGGGCGAGAGGGCAUCCAGUGUCACCGGAAAUCGGGCUCUGACAUUACCUCUCGCCCCCUUGGCACGCUAAGCCUUCCCCACCAUAACCUGCUUUUUAUCUGCUUUGCAGUCGGCUUGGCCCAGAAGCCUAAAUGUCCUCCAUUCGAGGACAGUUUUCUCUCGGGGUUGGGGUUUAAAACGAAGAACAAAGUGGACAUCGAAAUAGUGCCUUUAUUCCCGCUGGGCCAAUGCCUUGGGGAAAAAAGCGGGAGGGGGAGAAAAAGAAUAAAAAAAAAUUUUUUUUAACACUG